UCGCGGUCUCCCCUUUCUCCGCGGGGCUGGCCGCGGGGCGGGCGAUGCUCCGGGCUCCCUGAGCCGCCGCACCGCGUCCCCGGCCGAGGUGCCCCGCGGAGCGGCGCGGUCGAGCGGCGGCUCCCCGGUCUGCCCCGUGUCCCCAGGCCGCGCGGAGGUCGCGCAGGAUGGCGCGGAGGGGAGCGGAGGCGCCGCUGGCCCUGCUGCUGGCGGCGGCGUGGCUGGCGCAGCCCCUGCGCGGCGGCUACCACGGCGUGAACAUGUUCGCCGUGCAGAGCGCCCAGCCCGACCCCUGCUACGACGAGCACGGGCUGCCCCGCCGCUGCAUCCCCGACUUCGUCAACUCGGCCUUCGGGAAGGAGGUGAAGGUGUCCAGCACCUGCGGGAAGCCGCCGUCGCGGUACUGCGUGGUGACGGAGAAGGGCGAGGAGCAGGUCCGCACCUGCCACCUCUGCAACGCCUCCGACCCCAAGCGCGCCCACCCGCCCUCCUUCCUCACCGACCUCAACAACCCGCACAACCUGACCUGCUGGCAGUCCGACAGCUACGUCCAGUACCCCCACAACGUCACCCUCACCCUGUCCCUCGGCAAGAAAUUCGAGGUGACCUACGUCAGCCUGCAGUUCUGCUCGCCGCGCCCCGAGUCCAUGGCCAUCCACAAGUCCAUGGACUACGGCAAGACCUGGGUGCCUUUCCAGUUCUACUCCACGCAGUGCCGCAAGAUGUACAACAAGCCGAGCCGCGCCGCCAUCACGAAGCAGAACGAGCAGGAGGCGGUGUGCACCGACUCGCACACCGACGUGCGGCCCCUCUCCGGCGGCCUCAUCGCCUUCAGCACCCUGGACGGCCGCCCCACCGCCCACGACUUCGACAACUCGCCCGUGCUGCAGGACUGGGUGACGGCCACCGACAUCAGGGUGACCUUCAGCCGCCUGCACACCUUCGGCGACGAGAGCGAGGACGACUCCGAGCUGGCCCGCGACUCCUACUUCUACGCCGUGUCCGACCUGCAGGUCGGCGGGCGCUGCAAGUGCAACGGGCACGCGUCGCGCUGCGUCCGGGACCGCGACGACAGCUUGGUGUGCGACUGCAAGCACAACACGGCCGGGCCCGAGUGCGACCGCUGCAAGCCCUUCCACUACGACCGGCCCUGGCAGCGAGCGACGGCCCGGGAGGCCAACGAGUGCGUGGCCUGCAACUGCAACCUGCACGCGCGGCGCUGCCGCUUCAACAUGGAGCUGUUCAAGCUGUCGGGGCGCAAGAGCGGCGGCGUGUGCCUCAACUGCCGGCACAACACGGCGGGCAGGCACUGCCACUACUGCAAGGAGGGCUUCUACCGCGACCUCAGCAAGCCCAUCUCCCACCGCAAGGCCUGCAAAGAGUGUGACUGUCACCCCGUGGGCGCCGCCGGCCAGACCUGCAACCAGACCACGGGCCAGUGUCCCUGCAAGGACGGCGUCACCGGCAUCACCUGCAACCGCUGCGCCAAGGGCUACCAGCAGAGCCGCUCGCCCAUCGCCCCCUGCAUAAAGAUCCCGGCUGCUCCACCCACCACGGCCGCCAGCAGCGCCGAGGAGCCCGCAGAUUGUGACUCGUACUGCAAAGCCUCCAAGGGGAAGCUGAAGAUCAACAUGAAGAAGUACUGUAAGAAAGACUAUGCUGUCCAGAUCCACAUCCUGAAAGCAGAAAAGAACGCGGACUGGUGGAAGUUCACGGUGAACAUCAUCUCCGUCUACAAACAAGGCAGCAACCGCAUCCGGCGCGGAGACCAGACCCUGUGGAUCCACUCCAAGGACAUCGCCUGCAAGUGCCCCAAAAUCAAGCCCAUGAAGAAGUAUUUGCUGCUGGGCAACAACGAGGACUCUCCCGACCAGAGCGGCAUCAUUGCGGACAAAAGCAGCCUGGUGAUCCAGUGGCGGGACACGUGGGCCCGGCGGCUGCGGAAGUUCCAGCAGCGCGAGAAGAAGGGCAAGUGUAAGAAAGCCUAAAGGAGGAGGAGAGGCAGGGACUGACUGUGCAUGCUGCUUUGUGUAGAGCUGGGGCGGGCAGGGACCGGCUGCCAGGGCGGGCUGGGGGUACGGGGGGCAGCGACCACGGCUGGGGGGUGCUGGGCUUGCACCUCGUAUUCCAGGGAAGACAAAACCCAACAGGACCCAACAGAACCCAACAGGACCCAACAGAACCCAACAAGAUCCAACAGAACCCAACAGCACCCAACAACACCCAACGGCACCCAACAGAACCCAACAGGACCCAACAGAACCCAACAGAACCCAAUGGGACCCAACAGGACCCAACAGAACCCAACAGAACCCAAUGGGACCCAACAGGACCCAACAGAACCCAACAGGACCCAAGAGCACCCAACAGAACCCAACAGGACCCAACAGAACCCAACAGAGCCCAAUGGGACCCAACAGAACCCAACAGGACCCAACAGGACCCAACAGAACCCAACAGAACCAAACAACACCCAACGGCACCCAACAGAACCCAACAGAACCCAACGGCACCCAACAGGACCCAACAGAACCAAACAACACCCAACAGGACCCAACAGGACCCAACAGGACCCAACAGGACCCAACAAAACCCAACAGGACCCAAUAAAACCUUACAGGACCCAACAGGACCCAACAGAACCCAACAAAAACCCGACUGCACACACAGAGACACCCAAGAGCAGGGUGCGGGUGUGCAGCACCCGGGGCCCCCCAGCUCCCUCCUGCCCUGUUGCUGAAGAACUCAGAGACACCAAACUGCCUUCCAGCUGCCAACAUCUGCUGCCUCCAAAGCACGGCAUGGGCACAUCCACCCUGUAAGAAACUAAUCAACAGCACCGCUGGAAAUUAACCCCCAUCCCCAAAACACGUAUCUGCAACUUAGGCUGACUGAGACAGUUCUUGUAGAGGAAACUAAACCGAGACUUUUGCUGAGGACAGAGCCGAGGGUCGGCGGACAGGGUCUUGGAGGGCUUUGGUAUCUAACAGCCGUGGCCACCAUCUGGUGGUGCCCGGGGCGGCCGAGGUCUCCAGCCGUGAUGGUGCUCUGGGUCCACUUCAGGCACAGCCAAGAGGGGAUAACGGUGGUGGGUGACUUCCUGCUGUGCAUAACUCUGGGAAUGGCUCCGUGCUCAGCCCCGGACCCUGAGGGUGCUGCCCCACCACACUGAAGGAGUUUGAGCCCACAGGGUGCCCUGUCCCCCUCCAGCCACCCAUUUACAGGCAAGGAGUCAAUAACCAGGAAUCCCAAGGAAACACCCAGACCUGACAAAAAAUGAGCUGGCAUCCAGUUCCCAUGAAGUGCCCUGGAAAAUCCUGCCAGUCUCAGUCCCUGAAUCUCCACUGUGGCCAGCCCUGAACCCCCUCCAUGGGCUCAGUCCCCUCUGCUGCUGUCAGCACCCCAGGAACCCUCUGAUGGUAGGAAAUCCCUGCAGGUGACACCAGGUCCUGGCUGCUCGCUGGUUUCACUCCUAGACUCGGGCAGCUCUCCCAAACCCACGGCAGCGCUGCCCUCGCUCCCUCUGGAGCUGCAGCCCCCCAAUAUCCCUGUGAAAGUCUUGGAGACAAAGGGGGGAGCAGAGGGUGCCAGGGACUGUCCCCAAGGGCAGUGGGGCCAGGGCAGAGAUCUGAGGCUUGGCCGGGCUAGACCCCACACAGGGAAGGGGUCUCAGCCAGGAGCAAGGCGUGACCCACCUGGAGCUCUCCUCCUCCUGCUGGGGGGGCAAACAGCCGAUUUAAAAUUCCCAAUUUCCAGCCAUGAACGCACUGAGCACCUCGGACUGGAGCAUCCUCCCCUGGGGCACCCUGCGGGCAGGACUGGCUGGGAGCUGUGACCCUGUGCCAGGCUGCUCCCCUGCCACAGCAGCCCACAGGGAACGGGGGCAUCCAGUCCCACCUCAUGCAGGGGGACGGGAGCAGCUGGGCAGGGAGGCAGGAGGGCAGCACGGUACCUGCAGGAGAAGCAAACAUGAGUCGCUAUGAAAAGCAAAACCUCCCUGCUAUUUUUCCUUUUAGGAAACUUGGAAACAUCUCUUUUAUGACAUUUUCCAGUGGUUUUGCCUUGUUUUAUAGCAAUUGACAAUAUUUAUAUAAUGACAUAAACCACCAUAAAGCAGGGCAGCCAUGUAAAUAGGUGCAAAGAGGAGGCUGCUCGAGACACCACCCGGAGGGACCCAGCUCUGCUGAGCUUCCCCUGCCACCACAAAACCCCCACAAUAAAUCUGGGUAUAAGGAGAAAAAUCCCACCCUGGACAUCAAGCAUCUCCCUCCACCAAGUCUGUGUGUUCUCCCCUUCCCAAAGUGGACUUGGUUUUCCUUAUCUCGGAGCUCAAGGAGAGCUGAGGGUUUUGCAGCCAAGGGAACUGAAGCCUUGGUUCUGAGGGAUAAAAUCUCACCUCAAGUGUCUAAACGGAGGCUUAAAGCCCCAAAACAGGGCUUGGAUGCUGCAGCCACCAUCAGCUGCUGCCAGGGGACCUCAAAGCUGGGGACAGCACAUCCCCAGGUAGCCAGGAUGCCCCCGGCCUUCAAAUGGUGCCUCAAA